GUGUCCUAGACUGCUCUGAUUCGUUAACAUCACCUCAUUUUGGUGUGGUGGGGUACCGUAGGUUGCCAUCAACAAGAAACUUAGCCCAGCUGAGCUAUCACCACGCAGAAAGUCCAUUCCAAUCUCAUUAUUGUAUGGGGCUCAUAAUACAAACUGUGGCUAAUUUGUUAUGUAUUUCAUUGGCCAAAAGCCUGUGGGGAGAGCUUUAUUUCCAGUUAUGGAGUUUUCUUUAGCUUUUUUAGCCAUUCUUCUCCUGGUUUCGGUGUUCUUUUCGACUGUCACGGCGUCGAGUAGCCACGUUCCAAUUGAAGAAACUACAAAUUCAAAGCCUCUCCCAAACAAUUUCCUUUUUGGAACUGCUUCUUCUGCAUAUCAGUUUGAAGGAGCUUUCUUGAGUGAUGGUAAAGGUCUCAGCAACUGGGAUGUUUUUACUCAUAAGCCUGGCAAUAUUGAGGAUGAAACUAAUGGAGAUAUUGCUGUUGAUCACUAUCAUCGCUAUCUGGAGGAUCUUGAUCUUAUGGCUUUUAUUGGAGUCAACAGCUACCGCUUCUCUAUUUCUUGGGCAAGAAUACUACCGAAAGGAAGAUUUGGGGAGAUGAACAAGGCUGGGAUUGAUCAUUACAACAAGCUCAUCAAUUCUCUUCUCGAACGAGGGAUAGAACCAUUUGUGACAUUGACUCACUAUGACAUCCCUCAGGAACUUGAAGAUAGAUAUGGAGCCUGGCUGAAUCCCCAAGUCCAGGAGGACUUCAGAUAUUAUGCUGAUAUCUGCUUUAAAUCAUUUGGAGAUCGAGUCAAGUACUGGGUCACCUUCAACGAGCCAAAUGUUCAGGUUAUUCGUGGCUACAGGAAAGGGACAUUUCCUCCGUCACGCUGUUCGAGCUCAUUUGGCAAAUGCAAGCAUGGAGACUCAGCAAGAGAACCCUUAGUAGCUGCUCACAACAUUAUUCUAUCACAUGCUGCUGCUGUCAACACUUACAGGUCUAAAUACCAGGCCAAACAAGGAGGUGUUAUAGGAGUAGUUAUCAAUGCUGUGUGGCACGAGCCGAUAAGCGACUCAUUCGAAGACAUAUCAGCAGCUGAGAGAGCUCACUCUUUUUAUAUGAAUUGGUUCCUAGACCCAAUUAUAUUUGGGUACUAUCCAGCAGAAAUGGAGGAAAUUCUAGGAUUUGAUUUGCCUCGCUUUUCAACAGAAGAUCAAAAGAAGCUGAAAAAUGGAGCAGAUUUCAUUGGCAUCAAUCACUAUACAAGCUUCUAUGUAAAAGACUGCCUAUAUUCGGCCUGUGAACCGAAAUGGGGGUCGUCUAAGAUCGAAGGUUUUGCUCUCUGUACACCAAUGAAGGAAGAAACCUCAAUAGGAGAACCUACUGAAAUUUCUUGGAUAUACGUCUAUCCUCAAGGAAUGAACAAAAUUGUUACGUACAUAAAGGAGAGAUACAACAACAUACCAAUAUUUGUGACAGAAAAUGGUUAUGGGGAGAAGGAUAAGCCCAAUACAAAAACAGAAGAUUUACUCAAUGAUACCAGAAGAGCAGAUUAUAUGAGCAGUUACCUUGGUGCCUUGGAAACAUCAAUGAGGGAAGGAGCAGAUGUGAGAGGAUACUUCGCCUGGUCUUUGCUGGAUAACUUCGAAUGGAUAAGUGGAUAUACUGAAAGGUUUGGGCUUUGCCAUGUAGAUUAUGCCACUCUGAAGAGAACUCCAAAGUUUUCAGCCUUUUGGUACAAAAAUUUCAUUGCCCAAAAUCUGAUGGGCAACAAUGUCAGUGCAGUUGCAUCCAGGAAAGUGACCUAAGCAAGCAGAGCCCCAUCAACUAUAUGAAAAUUGCUUAUGUAAUUGCCCGUGCAAAACGGAUUUGAUUACCGAAUGCUGUUAGUUUCAUUCGUUAAUCGUCUAUAAUGCUGGUUAUAGAUGGUAGCUUUGUAAGUAGAAGACUUCAUUUCAGAGCAAAUAAAAGAGUAUCUUUCUCAA